AUGACAGGCCGGACAUGGAAUUCUGGUAACACAGCAACUACUUCAGAAUCACCGGUUUUCCAAUUCCAGUUCUUAAACGGAAUCUCUACACCCGUUUCUACAAGCAAGAAUAUUGAAGGAAAAGACGAUAAACCCUUUGUAGUAGCUUUGGUUGAUCAAAGCUCAGGGCAGAUUGUGACGACUGGAGCUGAAGCUGCAACAGAAAUUGAAAUAGUCGUUCUUGAGGGCGAUUGUAAUGAUUUCGAAACAGAGAAUUGGACUUCUUAUGAAUUUAACAAUAAGAUCAUCCGUGAAUGGAAAGGCAAGAAAGUGCUUCAAGGAAACACUUUCCUGAAACUAAAAGAAGGUAUUGUUUAUGUUAAUAAGAUUUCAUUUACACACAAUUCAACCUGGAAGGGAAAAAGAAUCUGCAGACUGGGUGCAAGGUCAAAGGAUGCUGUUUUUGGCACUAGGGUUAAGAAACACUCAUCAUCCCCUGAUGACAUAGAAAUGUCAAUAGUUGGGAGUCUUUGUUAG